AUGUCUGUAGAUUGUUGGGCUUGUGGUGUCCAAGUACCUGAUGGUUGUUACAUAAAGUGCUCCAAAAAACAGUGCGAGAAAGUUUAUGAUUUAAAAUGCCUAGGACUGACAGAAAAUAAAUUCAGUUCCUUCUCGGAUAAGCGCACGAAGCAAUGGGUCUGUCCGGAGUGCGCUUGUUCUAAACCUAAACGCUAUGACCCGAAUACACCUAUCAGGGACACCCCGGAUCUGAAAACAUUCGCGCCCAGUGCUAAUGUCAACACUCAACGGGGAAGCCGCAUGCAAUUGAUGGAUGAAUCAAUUGUCGAGUGUGAUAAUAAUAGUAAUGAUAAAUUGCUGUCUGAGUUUAGACAGCUAAAAUAUGAAGUCUUAAGCCGAUUAGACGUGCAAACUAACAUUAUUAAACAUCUUCAAGAAAUAUGUUUUUCUACAAAAACGGAAUUAGAAGAACUAAAGAUUAAAAUGAAAGUAUUUCAAAAUAAAUUGUUCCCAACGGAUCCGUUAUCAACUCAAAAUCAACAUUUUGAAAGUAUUGAUAGUAUAACGGAAAGUUUUAAUACAGGCCUCGAAAUGUCUAAGCAAAUCGAUGUCCCAUCUACAUUCGCUGAUGUGGCUCGUAUAAGCCUAAAUAAUGUAAACAAAACAAACGUUACUCCCUGCGUAAUAAAAACGCCUGCGGCCAUGAAAAUAGCAACCGGGAGAGGGUCCGUUGUCCAAACUCAACCAAUUAAUCAGCCACAGUGUGUGACUCCAAGGAAAGAGUUAAAUAUUAAUAUUAGUGAGGAAGAAGAAAAAAUUAAUAAAGAUUGUGAGUGGACUACACUUGAUACAGAAGCGUUACCAAACGAAACUGAAGAGCAACAACGUUCGCACCGACUCAGCUUGAUACAGAAGCGUUUACCAAACGAAACUGAAGAGCAACAACGUUCGCACCGACUCAGCUUGAUACAGAAGCGUUUACCAAACGAAACUGAAGAGCAACAACGUUUUCACCGACUCAGCUUGAUACAGAAGCGUUUACCAAACGAAACUGAAGAGCAUCAACGUUCUCACCGACUCAGAUUGAUACAGAAGCGUUUACCAAACGAAACUGAAGAGCAACAACGUUCUCGUCGACUCAGCUUGAUACAGAAGCGUUUACCAAACGAAACUGAAGAGCAACAACGUUCUCGUCGACUCAGCUUGAUACAGAAGCCUUUACCAAACGAAACUGAAGAGCAACAACGUUCGCACCGACUCAGCUUGAUACAGAAGCGUUUACCAAACGAAACUAAAGAGCAAAAACGUUCGCACCGACUCAGCUUGAUACAGAAGCGUUUACCAAACGAAACUGAAGAGCAACAAAGUUCGCACCGACUCAGCUUGAUACAGAAGCGUUUACCAAACGAAACUGAAGAGCAACAACGUUCUCACCGACUCAGCUUGAUACAGAAGCGUUUACCAAACGAAACUGAAGAGCAUCAACGUUCUCACCGACUCAGCUUGAUACAGAAGCGUUUACCAAACGAAACUGAAGAGCAACAACGUUCUCGUCGACUCAGCUUGAUACAGAAGCGUUUACCAAACGAAACUGAAGAGCAACAACGUUCGCACCGACUCAGCUUGAUACAGAAGCGUUUACCAAACGAAACUGAAGAGCAACAACGUUCGCACCGACUCAGCUUGAUACAGAAGCGUUUACCAAACGAAACUAAAGAGCAAAAACGUUCGCACCGACUCAGCUUGAUACAGAAGCGUUUACCAAACGAAACUGAAGAGCAACAACGUUCGCACCGACUCAGCUUGAUACAGAAGCGUUUACCAAACGAAACUGAAGAGCAACAACGUUCUCACUGA